GAAUCGCCCACCACCAGGCUAUUCCGCUCGUCGAUCGAAAGCUGACAAACCAAGCAACAGCAAGCCUACGAAGCUACAAUGAGAGAUGGAGUGCGAGUUCGUUUUGGCAGUGCUACGAGAAACCACGCCCUCCUCCUCUCUCCUUGUCCUCAUUCUUCUUCACCGAGCUGAACCAUGGCGGCCACUUGCCCAUCCUGGAGGCACUGGUUCCGAUCAGCUGUGAGCGAUUUCGAAAUUGGGUCAUUCUUCACAUCUUGCAUCAACACACUGCAUCUAUUGGUGGAUAAAUCUAGUUUGUUUGUUAGUUUGUUUGUAUGUUUGUUGUUUGAACCGUAUGGGAUGUACUCUUCGUUGGAAAAUUAAUGGAAAAUACAACACAACAUCAUGUCUUAAUAUAGACUUGGGUUAGAUAGAAUAACAGAAUGUAAUAAUAAUCAUUUCGCGUGAACUUCACCGACAUUAACUUCGGUAGUGAUCAAAAUGUUUACAUCGAAUUCUUCUUUUUACUGAAAAUCCACGUCGAUUCGUAUACGUAUGCUGUAUACGGGCGAGAGGCGUGUGAGCGUGCCGUAUAUUCGUGUGCAGCACAGCUUUUCCCGCCUGCGGCCACAGGAUCGGCGGAAAUCAAAGGAAGCAUCGCCAUCCUGCUGCGCAUUUGAAUUCCUGGGUUUGGUGGCGCAGAUUUUCUUGGUGUCCUCUACGAAUUCGGAUCACCUGCGAUGACCUUUUCAAUCGUGUCUGGCUUUGCAGUUUUUCAAAUACUUGCGCUCCGGCCCCGCAAGCUUUGCCUCGUUUGACAAGCAGGAUGGGAACUACAGCUAGUCGUGAUGGACGCUUGGAAUCUGAUUCCGAGGAUGAUGGACUCGAUUCUCCUCAGAGUCCAUCAUCCGAGAGAAGUUUUCAUGACUCCGAAGUGGGGACUCCAGCUCCCGCACCGCGAAGAGAUUCCUCGGAUUUCUCGACCCCUGACGCCACUAUUUCUCUCAGAAUGGGUUCACUCACUCUGGAUGGGCCUGCAUCAGUGUCAGGUUUGAGGAAGGCCAAGUUGUACCAAUACAUCCAAGGAAAGUGGCUCACAGCUGCUAAGAGUGUGGGUUGGCAGUUUGUUAAAGAAGAGGAUGGUGAUGACGAAGAGGAUGAAGAGGAUGAAGAGUGGAGAAGCUCUACCGUGGGACACAAAAAUUACUCAUUCUGGAUGUUUGAGGUGGGUGGUGCCAGAGCUAGAGUCGAUGAUCGUCUACAGAUGCAUUUCUACGAGGAUCAAAUGCGUGUGGAUUUUGUGGCAAAAGGUGUGUGGGCCUUAAAGUUUCCGAUCAAGGAACAAUUCCGAGCCUGUUCUAUAGAGUACGAAGAUGCUAAGUUCGAAAAUACAUAUUUCUUGGAACCAACUGAAGCAAACAAAGUGAAAGUCUUUGGAAAAGACUUCUUGGGCUGGGUGUCUGGUAAGGAGGAAGAUGACUCUGUUUGGAUGGAUGCCGAAGAUGUGAUACCAACACCUUCGAAGACAAAAGAGCUCAGGGAGACUCUGAAGACACCCUCAAAAACAGCUAUUCAAAGCUUAGCAAUGGGUGGCAUGGAUCACAGUUUUCUGGUCAACGAUUAUGGUCUGGAUGUGCUGACUAACCGAUCAACCGGUCUGGAGGGUACAGGGAUUACUAUUCGUUUCCAGGACGGAGGGAGACCUGUUAUUGGAAGCUCUGCCUUCCGAACUCCAAAGAAGGGGAUGCUCAUUAGAGGGGAGAGCAAUAUGAUGCUGAUUAGUCCAUCCAAGGACGGGAAAGCCAACGCUGGUGGUGUUAGCCAGCUCGACAUUGGAACAGGGAAGAUGGUUGCAGAAUGGAAGUUUGAAAAGGAUGGAACCCCCAUCUCAAUGAUGGAUGUCACCAAUGAUAGCAAGGGCGCACAAUUGUACAGUAAUGGCUCUACCUUUCUUGGGUUAGAUAACAACAGACUCUGCAGGUGGGAUAUGAGGGAUUCUCAAGGAAUUGUUCAGCAGCUUGCCAGUCCUGCCGCUCUGACUUGGACAGAGGGCCACCAGUUCUCCAGAGGAACUAAUUUUAGCUGCUUUGCAACAUCCGGAGAUGGCAGCGUGGUUGUUGGAUCUAAAGAUGGCAAAGUGAGGCUGUAUAGCACCACCAGCAUGAGAAUGGCUAAAACCGCCUUUCCUGGUUUGGGGUCUCCAAUUACACAUGUUGAUGUUACAUAUGAUGGUAAAUGGGUGUUAGCUACCACCGACACGUACUUGAUCCUAAUCAGUACAGUUUUUAGAGACAAGGAUGGUAGGAUGAAGACUGGAUUUUCUGGUCGUAUGGGCGGUAAGAUUGGUGCACCAAGGUUGUUAAAGCUCCGGGCAUUUGAUGCACAUCGGGAUGGCAAGCAACAAAAACUCCACGGUGGAAAAUUUUCUUGGGUCACAGAGGAGGGCAAGCAAGAGCGGUAUUUGGUAGUUUCGGCUGGAACUUUCACGGUCGUUUGGAAUUUUGAUAUUGUGAAGGACAGCACGCAUGAUUGCUACAAGCAUCAAACAGGUUUGAAAAGCUGUUAUUGCUACGAGGUUGUUGCAAAACCGGAGUCUAUUGUGCAGAGCACGUUCAUGCACGAAAAGUUCCUCGACGAUUCAGGAGAAGCUCCUCUGGUAGUAGCUACUCGACAGGAAUUGAGUUCAUUCAACCUUUGAACUGUAGGCAGAUUUUCAAUGAUUCAUUCGACGUGGAGAACAUGUACAAAGUUUAGUAAUCACUUUACUGGAGUGUUCUUCUUUUGUCCAGUUUUAGGAAGUAGCGUGAAUGUCUAUAGCUUUGAUCUUUGACAAUCGCUAAAUCAAUUCUGAUCAUCUUUGAUAUUGCAAGGCUUACCACUACUUCAUUUGUAAUUGGGAAGAAGAGUGAGCUAUUUGUGGAAUAUUUGUCUCCAAGCCGCAGUCAUGAUUUUUUCACUUGAAAUAAAUAGGUUUUUGAAUUUUAAA